AAGUCCGUAUCAGACUAUGCAUGGAAGAUUGAGAUUGAAAAUUCAAGAUUAAAUUUUUACCAAUCAGGACAAAGAAAUUUUAAUCUAUUUUAUUCUGAUUAAUCAAAUUCUAACUUUUUAUCUUCAAUUUUUAAUUUUCAAUGCGUAGUCUGAUACGGGUUUAUUGUAAAGACUUAGAAUUUGCAUACAAAUUUUAGGAAGUUUAAGAAUUAACCUAUAACAAGUAAAAAAUUAAAUAUAUUAUACUUUUAUCAUCAAUAUAUACUGUAAUUCGAUCAACAUGAAUUACUUGAUCUAUUGCUCGACGGCACUAAUAAUAUCGCUCGGUCUUUUCUAUAUAUAUGCCAAAUACAAGCUAUCUUACUGGAGCAGACGUGGCGUUAAAACUCCUCCGACACAUCUGCUCUUUGGUAAUUUCAAGGACUGCUUCAUCUUGAAAAAACCACCGGGUGGGGUAAUGCGCGAAAUCUAUAACAAUGCUGAUCCGGACGAUCCUUACAUCGGUUUUUACAUCUUUCACAAGCCUAUGCUGCUUUUGCGAGAUCAUGAUCUAAUCAAACAGGUGAUGAUUACUGAUUUUGAGAUCUUUCCAAAUCGACGCUUUGGUUCAAAGAACCAGAGGGAUUCAAUAGGUUUGGAUAGUAUCUUGUCUAUCAAGCAGCCUAGAUGGAAAUAUUUAAGAAGCAAAUUAUCUCCGUUCUUGACCGGACAGAAGCUGAAAAAUAUGUUACCACUGAUAGAGGAAUGCAACCAGCAUAUGUUGAGAUUCAUUGAGAACUUAUCAAUAAACAAGUCUAGCCAAAAUAAUUGUGAGAUGAAGGACUUCAGUAGUCGUUACGUGAGUGAUGUUAUCGCCUCUAUCGCGUUCGGUAUCAACACGAAUUCAUUUGACGAAAAAAUGAACGCUUUCUGGAAAAAUGGUAUAAAAAUCUUUCAAGGCAUUAAGCGUACCAUAAUGUUUAUUAUCAUCUUCUUCAUUCCCGAAUGGUGUCCUUUAAUCGAACCAUUUAUUAAGGAACCUGUGAAAUAUUUUCGAGAAAUUUUCUGGGAUUCUAUGAACAUCAGAGAAAAAAUGGGAUAUAAAAAAGGAGAUUUGAUAGAUUGUAUGUUAAUGCUCAAGAAUGAAAAACAGAAUCCUAGUUAUAGGUUUGAAGGCGACAAUUUAGUGGCGCAGUUAUCCAGUUUCUACAUUGCUGGAUUUGAAGCAGUCUCGACUGCAAUUGCAUUUACUCUGUACCAUUUAGCGUGUCAUCCAGAGCAUCAAGUCACUUUAUAUGACGAGAUACAAAUACAUCUAUCAGAAAAAAAAUUGACCGUAGAUUUAAUCAAUAAAAUGUCUUUUUUAGAUUGUGUUAUAUUUGAAUCGUUAAGAUUACAUCCUCCUCUACCUAUUGUUGACAGAACAGCUGUAAGAGAUUAUAAGUUACCAGGCACUGGGUUAAUUAUCGAAAAGGAUAACUCGAUCUAUGUUUCUAUAAAUGCAAUAAAUCAAGAUCCCAAAUAUUUUUUCAAUCCGUACGAUUUCAUUCCAUCGAGAACAGAGAUAGAGAACAAAAAGUUUUAUGAAUCUUUGGUUUUCGGCAUCGGACCCCGAUCGUGUAUAGGACAGAGAUUGGCUUUGUUAAUUAUAAAAGUGGCAUUAAUCACAAUUCUUUCGAAUUACACUCUCUGUUAUGAAACAGAUAAAAAAAUUAACUUAAAUGAUGCCAUUCAUGUAUUUACAUAUGCAGCUGAUGGUCUCUAUGUGCAAUUUAAAAAACGUCACAAUGCGCGUGAAUAGAUUAUAGAGAUUUAAUGUUGUAAUUUCGGAAACAGUUGAUCGGUAAAAAGAAAAUAAGAGUAUAAACGCGUACCAUUAUUUGAAUAAAUUAAUUAGAUUACUUUAAA